UCCCUUCUCCCUCUAUCUUUAAUUCCUUCAUCUCUUCUUUUCCUUUUUCCCCUCCUUUCUCUUUGUUGGGCUCUGGUAUUCUCUCCCUCUGAUAGUGUGUGGGUUAGUGUGAUUCUCCACCAUAUAUUUCCAAAAAAAACCGACCAACCUUUAUAAAAAGAUAAAAGAUCAUCCAUCAAAGAAACUAUGGUUUUCUCAUCUUUUCCAGUCUAUUUAGAUCAUCCCAAUUUGCACCAGUUCCAGCAACCAGAGCAUCAACAAGGAAGUGGUGUGGAAAAUAGCCAACUUCCACCACCGCCCCCACCUCUUCCGGUGGGUGGUGGUGGUAGCUCGAUCAGACCCGGAUCGAUGGUUGAUCGAGCCCGGUUAGCUAAGCUACCGCUUCCAGAGGCAGGACUCAAGUGCCCUCGUUGCGAGUCGUCAAAUACUAAGUUUUGCUACUUCAACAACUACAGCCUCUCUCAACCAAGACACUUUUGUAAGACGUGUCGCCGCUACUGGACCAGAGGAGGGGCCCUAAGAAACGUUCCAGUUGGAGGAGGCUGCCGGAGAAAUAAGAAAACCAAAAGCAGCAGCUCAAAAUCUUCCACAACAGCUGAAAGGCAGAUGCCUGGGUCUAACUCAACUAGUACUCCAAGUCCCUCCAGCUGCAGUGCAGAUAUGGCUGGCCAAUUUCCCCAACAAGCAAAUCAGUUACCUCUUAUGGCUGCUUUAACAGGCCUUAAUCACUAUGGGGGUGGUCAUAUUGGUCCGGGUAUCGGUGGAUUUCAAGCGCAGAUGAUGCCUCCAACUGGUAAUGGACUUGCAAACAUGGGUUUUAACUUAGGAGGGAAUGGGAACGAUCUAUCUGCUGCUGGUGGAGGAGCUGAUCACUGGAGAUUGCCUUCUAUUGGGGGGUUUGAGGUGACGACAAGUUUGUUUCCAUUUCAAAGUGAAGGAGUUGAAGCAUCAUCUAAUUCCAUGUUAGGAGAUCAUCAGCAGCUUGGUUCUUUGGCAACAAGCUCAUCGGGGGUUGCUAGUCAGGUGCCAUCCGUGAAAACUGAAGAAAAUCCUGGACUCAAUUUGACAAAGCAGUUUUUAGUUAAUUCUGAGAAUAAUCAAUACUGGGGUGGAAGUCCUUGGACGGGAUUCUCUGGUCUCAACUCCUCUUCUACCAGCCAUCUUCUAUGACUGAACCAGCUCGAGUUUCAACUUCCAUUCUCACAGCAACGAUUGAUGUCUUUGCUGAAGUAUAACUAUCUCAACUCUCAAGCUCUCCUUCAUAAAGAUUGUUACAACCUCUAAGUACACGCAACUGAGUGUUUAGAAAGUGAGGUUACAAGAAGGCCUGCUACCUCAUCAUGCUUCAGUUAUGAAGAAAAAGACAUGCAUGGUACGGUCUGUCUUGGUCUUAAGUCUUACUUAUAUAUAUCCUAUUCUUCGCUCGAUAAGGGUAUUUCUUGUGUGUUUUUGGGCUUUUCAGCUAUAGCUAGCUGUUUUUGUGUGUCUGAAGAUGUAUGAGUUCUGUGUCUGACAUAUAAAACAAGCAGAUUGUUGUCAUGGA